AUGCGUCGGAAUUCUUACAUGUACGAGUCAUCCAGGGGAACAUCCACGUCAUCCCAAGAGGAUGACGUGGAUGUCCCCCGGAUGACUCGUACAUGUAAGAAUUUCGACGCAUUUUUUCGCCGGAGAUUUGCGUCGCCGAAAAAAGUGCUCGCCAGAAUGGUGGCAGCCGCCGGAUUUUGGGUCACCGGAAUUUUGGGUCACCAGAAUUUCGGCCGGAGUGGUGGCAGCCAGAAUGUUGUAAGGUUGAAGGUGGGUUAUAUGGUUGGAGGUAAUAUGGUGAGUGAAAGUAAGGUGAAAGUAAGUUUGUCCUCUUCCUUUUUGUUUCGUUUUAUUGACUUUGCUUUGUGCUUUGUUUCUGCAGAGUACGGCUUUAGCUGCGUUGAUCCUGUGGUCUUGGGCAUUUCUUUGGAUCUGAAGACCAUUCACGACUCGGCCCCUGAUUACAAGUUCGGGAAGGAAAAUCCUCGUAAUCCUCGUUUGAAGGAUUACGUGCUGUCUCCGUCGGGUGUCGCUCGGAUAUCUGAAGUUCGAGCUGAUCCGUGGGAUUCUGCCUCUUCUCCCGAAGCUGUUCCGGUGAAAGUCGUGCUCCCUGAUUUGAGGACAACCUCGGAUCCGGAUCAGCGCAAAAGGAAGGGCAGCACUCUUUUGAGGCCUUCUGCGCAUCCGAAGAAAGCGAAAGCUUCUCAGUCUUCGGAGAAGGAAGAAGUUUCGGAAGUCAUGCCUCCUCCAAAAAAUCUCCUUCACUUCAUGCCCUUGCCAGGGCAGAAGUUGAAGAGUGUGGUGGUUGCGGAACCGCCGCCCGUGGACCAACCGUUGGCCGAGGAAGAUACCAUCCCCUCUCCGCUGAAGCCGUCUGCUGCUUUGGGGAUCGAGAUCCAGGAUAUAACCAAGGUGAUGGAGGCAAUUGAAGCCGACCUUGUUCCUGGCUCGGAUGUCCCUACUGUGGCCGAAUAA